AUGCUGGUUCCAGGAUCUUUAUGCAUUCCAAAUCAUCUUGGAAUUUGCAGGGGAGUUGCUGUCGAUCCCCUCAUUGCCGAAGCAAACGCUGCAAUGGAGGCAAUUGAAGCGGCUGCCGCCCGCCAGGAGCGAGAAGCUCGCGAAGCUCAGCAAGAAGUUCGAAGACGUGAUUCCAUUAACGCUUUACACUCCGAAGAAUCUGCUGGUGAACCUAGGUUACUAGGAGGAGGCGGAAGUAUGGGUAAUGCCGAAGCUGAAGAGGAUGGUCUUGGCUAUGACUCUUAUCCGCCUGGAGCAUAUUCACAUCGCCUUGGAGGCUCCUAUGUUGGUGGCAAUAUUAUGGUCAGAUAG